AAAUAAAAAUAAAAUCGCCCGGAAAUUAAAUGUUAUAUAAAUUUUGAUGUGUAUAAUUAAAGUAGUGUUACACUCCUAAAAUAAACCUCAAGCCAGUUAUGUUUUCUUUGACGUAACAAAUGUUAAAGUAUAAUCAGUGCAAAUCGCACAUUAUUCCAACCACAUGUGUUUUUUCUAAGCUCUGUCAAAAAAAGCAAAGACAUUUCUAAUGACGUUGCCCACUUCAAGCUGUUCUUCGUGUGACAGAUUUUCAAAAUUGUUUGAGGUAGUAUAAAAAAACAUAAUGUUUUUAACAAUCUGGUUCCAGUACUUUCAUUUUAUGGGUAUUUAUGCCAAGACUGUAUUUCCAGUAGCUGACAAAAGGGAACUUUGUCCUUGUGGUAGUAAUGGAAGUUUUAAACAGACACGAGUAGUUGGUGGACACAAUGCUGCACGAGGAUUAUUUCCUUAUGCUAGCUGUUUGGUGGAUGAUUUUCAAGCCAGAGAGGAAAAAGAAGGUUAUCACCAGUUUUGUGGAGCAACUCUGAUUACUGAUAUUCACGCAGUCACUGCCGCCCAUUGCUUAAAAAGUCGACAAGCUGAGGAGGUCCUGGUAGAUGUGGGAGAUUACGCUAUUCACAGUUCACCACAAGGGCAAUUACGCAAAAUUCGAUCUAUAAAGAGUCACCCAUCUUACACCCCUGGCAAAUUCUUUCAUGACAUUGCUGUGAUAGAAUUCGAAGAACCAGUACAGUGGGAUUCCGGAAUAAGAACUGUAUGGUUGCCAUCUCCAAAUUUGAAUUUGAAGCCAGGAACAAUAGUCAAUCUUUAUGGAUGGGGACGCUUAAAUUACAGUGGCAUCAGCGCUGACAGUCUACAGUCUGUUGAACUUCCAGUCGUGUCAAAUGAAAAAUGCCAAUCAAAAUUUAAAACUGAAAUUCAGUCUAAUAUGAUGUGUGCCGGAGGGGAAGGAGGAAGGGACGCAUGCACUGGAGACUCUGGAAGCGGUCUAGUUGUCCGCCUAAAUGAUGAAUAUGUGCUAUGUGGUCUUGUUUCAUUUGGACGUCGUUGUGCCUUACCAGAAGUGGCUGGAGUCUAUACACGUGUUUCCAGCUUUGUGAAAUGGAUAUACAAAAACACAUUAUCAGCUCAUUGCAAGCCUUGUAUUAUGGAAUGACUGAGAAAGGAGAAACAUUCAAUAAUAUACUUAUGUUGAAAUUUUAUAAAUACAGUGGGGGAAAU